AUGAAUUUAAUCCUUAAUGUGUCCAGUAUGAAUGAUAUUGAAAACAUUUUAAACAGAGAUUAUGUGUAUUUUGAGAAGAAUUUAAAUGAUCUACACAUUUUCAUUUCAAAACAUAUCUCAAAUCAUGUAAAACUGCUUGGUCUAAUUACAUGGAUAAAAUAUUAUACUCAUACAUAUGCUUAUGCUCUUAUUAAUGAUUCAAAACAAAAAAUUAUGGUUGAUAUUGACAAAUUAUUAUCCAAUAAUGAUACAUCAUUUUGUUCGACAAUUAAAAUUUUCAUAAUUAAACAGAUGAUGUAUUUUAAUAAGAAAACAUUUAACGAAUUGAUGUUUGUAUUUAAAGAUAGGAAUGUUACGUGGACUGAACAAUUUCAACAUUUAAUUAUAUCUGAUCAACGAGAACGUCAAAUAAAAGAUUUCCUUUUACCAUUACCAUUACCAUUAUUUCAAUGUAAAAAACAAUUUUUUCACAUUGAUAAAAUAUUAAGAUCUUUGCGAGUUAUUAACGAUUUUCGAUAUUUAAUUACACAAUGUGGAAACAAUAGUCGUUUAACAAUUAGUCUUUAUUCAUGGUUCAUACAAUAUUAUUCAAAUAUUUAUACAACGAAUGAUAAUGUAAAUAAUUUUGAACCAAUUGGCAUUGAAUUUAUUACUAAUUUAUGUAAAAAUUUUAAAACAAGUAAUUCAACUUAUUUUCAGUUAUCAUCAAGUAUGUCAAAUAAUGAUGUUUAUCUACGUGUAACAGUACUGAGAAUAUUUACUUUAUUUCUAUCAUCAAAAUGUACAAAAAAUGUAACAUAUUUAAAUUGUUUAUUAUUUGAUGUUAAAACAAGAAACAUGCCGAAUAAAUAUUUGAAGCAUUUACAAUCAACAUGUUUAUUUGGAUUAUAUAGAAUGGAUCCCAUUGUUAAACAAAUGGAACAUGUUAAAAAGAGUGUCCAAGAACGAUUAGAUGGAAAGAAAAUAAAUGAACAAGGUAAAUUUAUUUAUUAA